AUGAGCUCUUCCGGUGGGCACCGUGUCGGGGCCGGGGCCCCCGUCGCAAGCAAUCGCCCCCCGCCACCGCCGCCGCCGGAAGCAGUGACCGAAGAUCCGGGCGACCGGUUCCUGGAUUUCCUAUCCGACGAGGACCUCAGCUCCGACGACGACCACGACCACGACCACGACCACGACGACCACAAGGACCACCCCUUCGAGAGCUAUGAUGGCUACGACGACGAGGAGGAGGAGCCCAUGGAGGAAUCCACGCUGGCCACCCCCCCGGGGGAUGUCUCUGGGGAUGAUGAAGAUGAUGGCGAAGAUGAGCCGGACCAGGGGGACCUCGCAGCCCCGCCGGCUUCGGCCACCGGGCAUCCGCGUCCCAUUCGCCAGGGGGGUGUCUUCAUGCACGAAAUCCUGGUUGAGGUGGGCGACGGGACCAGGCAUGUCCUCCUCCGGCCGGCGCCGGUCCCACCGCCGGAGCCCCAGCCGAGGGGACCCACUGCCGGGUCCGGCGACCGCCCGGGCGCCACGCCCCAGCGGCCCCCAUCCUCACCGGCCCCGCAGCCAUCGCCCCCUACGCCCGUGUCGCCUGCGACGCCGGCGGCCGCGGGGGCGGUGGUGGUGGUGGCGACGCCGGCAGAGGGCUUCCCCCGCCCCGACGCCCAGGCUCCCGGACGGCAGGCCGGCCCGGGCCAUGCCGGGGCCCUGGAUCGCCGCAUGUCCCAGAUCUUUGCCAGCAUCCUGAAGCCCUUCGAUCGGGCCGCCGUCCAGCCGGCCACCUUGGUGACGGCUCCGAUCGAUGGGCUGCCCCUGCGCCCGGCACCGGCCUCCACCGGCCUCGCGGUCCUGGUGAUCCUCUUCGCGCUGGGGGUGAUCGUGCUCCUCCGGCAGGUGCCGCUGCGACCGGUGGGCGACGGCGCCACCGGCGCACCCACGGCCAGUCUCCUGGAUCGGAUUCGUCGGGCGUUGGCCCCGGCCAAGCCCCUCGCCGAUGUCACGGUCGCGGAGUGCUGGUUCUGCUCGGCCACGGCCGAGGGUGCCGACCCCGACUCCUUCACCUGCCAGGCGUGCGGGUCCUACAACGGCUUCACCAGCACCGGCGACUAUGAUGUGCCCAUGAUGACGCGCGAAGGCGCCCACUUUGAUACCUCACGGCUGACCUUCGCCCGGCGUGCCGGCCCCCGGGCCGAGGGCGACACCGAGCAGCCAGCCCGAACGGCCACCGGGCCAGGCUCCGGCGUCGCGCUGGCCGGGCUCCCCCGGCCGCCGGCUCUAUGCGAUGCCUGUCAGCGCAACCAGGAGCUUCUGGUUGGUGCCCUGGCUCAAAUGCUUCCCGAGGAGGAUGCCCCGGUCGACCGGCGGCCCGAGUCGCCGGGUCGCGCGGCCUCCUGGCUGGGACGUCUGCUUGGCCGGCCGGUGCACGGCCCCUCUGGCGGACACUCCGGGCUCCUGGAUGAUGGGACCAUCCCGGCCGGGCAGCAGGUGGAGCUAGACCGCCGGCGGGCGGCCCUCGAACAGCGCUACGCUCUGUGCAAGGUGUGCGAGUGGGCCACGCAGAAUUUCCUCCGCCAGCAGGACCGGCGCUUGAAGAUCUCAGCCACGGCCAACCGCCCGGGGCCCGUGCUCCUGGCCCCUGCCCGGGGCGGGGCUGGCACCGGGGGCCCAGGCGACUUCCCCUCUUCACAGUCCGGCCCCGGCAGCAAUCCCUUCGUCAAGGAGUUCGAAUCGUACGCGGCCCUGCUGCACCACGGCCGCCGAGUCAACUUCGUCCGGUCCCUACUUUACUUCUCCCAAAGCAUCCUGUCGCUUGUGCAGCUGGGCUGCGACAGUGCCAGUGCCCUGGUGGCGGUGGCAAGCCCAUCCGGGGGGCCGGUGUUCUGCGCCUCCCUGCGACCCGUGGACCGAGUGGCCCCGCAUGCCAUCCUGGCUGCUCUGGCCUCCCUGGUCCAGGUGGGCUUGGCCCUGCAUGAGCAGAUCCUGGUCCGACGGCACGCGCGCUCCUUCAGCAUCCCCGGACCGCCCUCGCUCUCGACCACACUCCUGGUUAACUUGGUCUGGCUGCUGCAUGUGGCCCUCUUCUCCGGGCUGCUGUCUGUGACGCAGCUGCCCCCGGCCUCGGCCCCGAUGGUGGGCCUCGCCGCCAUGCAGGUCAUUCUCAUGCUGAUGCUCUCCUGCCGUCCGGCCAUGCCAUACAUCCCGGCCAUGAACCCUCGCACGGCCAGCCAACUGGACGCCCUGGGCUUGGACAUUCUCCUCCCGGCGACCGGGCCCGAGCCGGGCCCCUCCUCGUCGGCCUCGCGCCCCUCCCGGCCGGAGGCCAUGCCCUUCGACGAAAGUGAGGAUCCCUUCAGCCUGGCCGAUCGACUGACGCCGCUGUCCUUCUCCGGCGCGGCGACCCCCGUCUCGACCGUGGCUUCGGCCGGUCCUCGGCCGGUCAUCAACCCGGCCCUCGGCCUGAGCGUCGAUACCGCCGCCCUGGCCGCCGCCGCCGCCGCCGCCGCCGACUCGCCGGCCGCCAGCAGCGGCUCCGCCACCCCCAGCGCCCCCCCUUCGCCCCCCGCCGGGGCAGGCUCUUCACAUGCGGACACCCCUGGCGCCGACGCCACGACCGGCGAUGCCGGCCUCGCCGCCCCCUCGCCAUGCCCGUCCUCUCGGCCGAACCCCUUCCUGCCGCGGGUGUCGGUUCCCGAGCGUAGCUUUGACCUUCGCAGCCGGCAGCCUCUCCGGCCGAUGGAGCAGCUCCUCUUUUCGGAGCCGCCCGCGGCCGAACUCCGCCACCGUGAUGGCACGGUCAUCGCGGUGCCCCCCUCGCGGCUUCCCUCCGCGGCGUCCAUCUCGCGCGAGCUUGGCGGCCUGCCGACCGACGUCGGCCGUGCCUUCAGUAGCUUCUCCAUUCGCGAUGCCGGCCCGGCCGGGUCCGCGGCCGGAGCGGCCGAGGGACCGGCCCACUGGGGCAGCCCCCCGGCAUCCUCCCCCUCCGCCAACAUGGCGGUGCCCCCCGGCGAGGCCACACUGGCUGGGGCCUUUUCCAACUUGAUCGGCUCACUGGCCUCCGUCGGCAAGGCCCUCAAGCACACCCUGCUGCCGAGCACCACUGCCCGCAAUGACGCCCCACGCCAGCAUGCCAGCCACUAUGGCCACCCCUCGGGCCCGGUUGACGGGGCGAUGCUUCCGUCCGGGGGGGCAGACCAUGGCGGCGCCCUUGUCCCCCGGGCUCCGGGCUACCCCCCAACCCCCGGCGGCAGGUAUCCCUACGCCUAUCACCACCCGUCCCACCACCAGCCGCCGCCGCCGCAGCAGCAGCAGCAGCAGCACCAUUACCAGUACUCGGGGCAGUUCUCGCCACGCGCAGCUCCGGCCGGCCAGCCCCUCUCCCCGGCUGCCGGGCCGCGCCUCAGUCUGGGGGCCUCCCCACACCUUGGAGGCGGCGAUAGCUUGGCGGCCUUGCCCCCCUCGCGCUCUCUCUGGGCUAGCCAACCACACGGCUCGGCCGACUCCCCCAGUGGCGCCUCGACACCCGGCCGCCAGGGCGCCAUGCACUUUUCGGCCUUCCAUAGCAUGCGGCAUUGAGACCCGGAUGACAGGGAGAACGUGUGUGUGUGUGUGUGUAGCAGCUGUCCAUCCGCCAUAACUUUUUCGACUCGUCGGCGCCGGACGCCAGGGAGGGGCGUCUCCCCUAUUCUCUUUUUCGGCUCCGGCUCCUUCCUGUGUACUCCGCUUGCCCAGCCUUGAAACCGCGUGCCACGCAUGCGUGCGCACCACGCCAAAUAUACGCGCGCCCACACGGCGGCCAUCCUGUCUCCA